GGAGCCCACGUGGUGGACAGAGCAGGUGUUCCGGUUUAACUCGUUACACGUCUCGGGGCCGCGACUCUGUAAACUCUUUUGAUAAUGCCGGUUUCACUACCAUUCUUGUUCCUUCCAGGCUUCCAGCAAAUUAACCACAAAGAACAAUUUGACAAUAUUCGGAAUCCUUUCUCUUCAAUCCAUCCGUAUCUUCUUUUGUUGUUUUGUUUUUCUUUGGGCAUCGAUUUUCUUUAAGGAGUAAACAAAGAUGUCGGGUGUAUCACUAGCUACUGGUCAUCGGUCUGAUCUCGCUCAUACGACCACCACCACCGCUCCAGACAUGAAAUCCGACCAGAAAUCGUGGCCCGACCAGCAGCGCCACCAGUCGGCCGCUGCCCAAGCGGCCGGAGGCGGCGUCAUGGGUUCCCUACGCAUCAUUGAGCUCCAAUUAGUGGCCUUUAUAAUGGUGUUCUCAGCUAGUGGUCUAGUCCCACUUCUAGACAUCCUGUAUCCAGCAUUCACCACAGCUUAUCUGAUUGGAUUGGCCCAAUUUGCAUUCCCAUCUCACCACAAAAGACUUGGUGCCGAUUCUAAUGCUGCAUCCCAGGAAAUAUUUCACGGGAGCCGGAUGUUUCGAUUUUACGUGAUUCUUGGAACAACGGUUGGGCUGUUCUUGCCGCUGGCUUAUGUUUUAGGUGGAUUUGCAAGAGGGGAUGAGCACGCCGUUCGGUCGGCCACCCCUCAUUUGUUCUUGCUGUCCUGCCAGAUCUUAACUGAGAAUGUGAUUAGUGGGCUUUCGUUGUUUUCGCCUCCGGUGAGGGCACUCGUGCCGUUGCUCUAUACCGUGAGGCGGAUCUUCGUCAUCAUAGAUUGGAUCAAUGAUGUGUGGAUCAACAAAGCAUUGCCUGCCAAUGCUGAUAUUAGGGUAACUACUCUGAAACGUCGUUGAACGAUUCAUGAUUAUAUCGUUCCUAUUUUUUUUGUCACAGUAUAUUGAUUUUCUGUGUUUGAGCCCAUUGAAAGUACUGUUGAUGUGUGAGCGGCCGAUGCAUGAUGUGGCCGAUGCAUGAUGUGAUAUAGCCAGGGACGGACCUAGGGGGGAGCAGGGGUCCCUCGACCCUGCGAUCGGCAAAUUUUUUUUAAAAAAAUACCUUUGAAUUUUUACAUAUUUUUGGGGAAAAAAAUUUUCUAGUUACCUGCCAAUAAUUGGUCCGGUUCCAUCACUGGAUAUAGCCAUAACGCAACAUAUGCAUAGUAAUUGAAAUGAAUGAUUUAAUUAACAUUGUAUUUGUAUUUAGUCGCUGUGGUCUAUAGGUGUUAUGUUACACUAAUCAUUGUAAGAGAUCUUGCAAUCUGUUUCAGUGUUGGGUAUCCAUAUUUUUCUGGCUAUUGAACAUUGCUUGCUUAAGUUAUGUUUCUACAUAGCUUAGUAUAAGGGAGGUGGAGUAUGUUCUUGAUGAUUGAUUUGGUUCGGAUUGUGGAUGUAGGACGUGAUAUGGUUUUGGUUUGGAAGAGGGUUGGCGGUUGGUAAUUUUGCGUAUUUCUCCAUCAACCUGUUCUGUUUCCUCAUCCCUCGGUUUUUGCCAAGGGCGUUCGAGAGGUAUUUUAUGGCAAGAGAUGAAGUUCACUCCAAGAUGGAAGAAGACAAGCGUUCAGCUGCAAUGAACAAAGCAGAGAAGCAAGACAAGAAAUCAAAUUAAUUAUCCUGCUGUUUCCUGUUUCUGUAACGUUAUUUUCUUUUGUGGACACUGAUAUUUCUCUUUACUACUGAGCUUUCAAAGCCCUGUAUCUGUGUGUAUUCCGAUCAGUGAGUAAAAUUCUAAUACGGACUAGUUAGUUCACCAUAAUUGCUUUUGUGAUGGAAAGGAGGAAUUUUAUGGUUUUACAGAUGAAUGCGGCACUAGUACGUAUUCUGGAUGCUACAAAGCUACAAUCCGCAUAUGAUUUCGUUGUUUGAGAAAAACAAGCUCGGCAUUGAAAACUUGUGCUUACUAUCAGUACAAUAUAAUUUACUACAAAAUCUGGUUUAGUGUGCAAUUGAACUGAUUGAUUUCCUUGGUAGUCUCUAGUCUCUACUGAACCCAUUUAGAUGAUGAUGUGCCAG